CGUGUCAACACUCCAAGGGUCAGACCGGACGGCGUCGUCGACGGACCGGACGCAGUCGGGAGCGGUCAAGAAGCACUGCUGCGUGGCAUCACGGCAGACCAGACGACGAGAUGGCAUGAUAGGGCGGCAGCAUGGUUGGGCUGGUGCAGCGAGACGUGUUCGUGCCCAACGUCAGUCGCUUCGAUCGGUUCCCUAAUCAGAUGUGCCGCCUCGGAGAACAGGGAGCUUCCUGGCACCAAUCACGACUGCCGAGGGUCUGGGCAUUGGGCGACACCGCAGAGUUGUAACCCGCUUCGAAGAUUUCCAUCUGGUGCCCAACGAUGCCCUACCGCUUCCCCGUUCAUCGCAUUGUGCUUGUCGAGCACCGGUGCCAGCAAAGUGCAGCAUGGCAGAGUGCGAAUAGCUUGGAUCACGGCCAUGGGCGUUGUGUGGGCGUAGACACCAUUGGAUGGCGACCGCAUGGAUCUUCCCAUCAACUCAUGUCUGGCCAGAGAAAUCGUCACUUGCACCCGCUUGGUCGUUGCCCGACUCGCUCACCUCCAUUUUCUCGAAAUUCCAUCAUCCGGGGAGCGCCAAGCAACCAAAGUCACGAAGUCGGCCUUGUAUGCGAGUGAGUGGUGUUGCGGGCAGUGAGCACCGGCUUGCUCCCACCCUUCCCAUCCGGCUUCCCGGUCCAUGUUGGGCGCACCGAGCGACGCGGAACUGAGUUGAACUGAGCUUCGUGUCAAGAUUGUCAUUUUCCAUUCCACCGGUCCUGCUGUGUCGGCCACUUUGUUGUCAGUCUCGGUCGUGGAAGUGCUGCUCUCGCCACCCGGCCCCCUCCUCCUUGACACCAGCGCGGCCAGCGAGGGGGGAUAUAUGUCUCCAUCGUGGAUCUGAAUCGGCUUCGUCUUGUCGUUUGGGCCUCUCAUCCGCCAGUCCCGCGAGGACACAAGUCUCAGCAAAACCGCACCGGCGACGUUGAAAAAGAGGAGCCGGAGCGAUAUUCCCCAGCAGCGCCCAAGCUAGACUCCGCUGCUAGUCCAUGGUCAACCGCUCUGCCGGACCACAGCCCGAUUGCCAUUCGGUCAAAGACACAUCCCAGUGAGGUUCUCGCCGCCCGCGUGGAGACCCUGAUUUUUUAUGAAGACUUUUGGUACUCGGCCAUCCAAGGAAAUCCCGGCCGCAGGUUUUUUUCUCCGUUGCCCUUCUGGACUGAUUGCUGUUUACCCUCUGGCCGCGCCCUAUCGCUCCGUGGAACCGUUUCGAUUUUCUGUUUUGUAUUUUGUGCGUUUUUCUUGAAUUGUUUUCAGCAAAGAAAGCAACACUGCCACUUGCGGGUGAGCGAAAAAACAGACGACCCGGGAAGCCGCUUUUUGGAGAUCCCAGCCAGGAGCAGGACAACUUGAAAAAAAAAAAGAGGAACCACCAUGGCCCAGCCGGACUUUGCGUACCGUUCCUCGGCCGCGGUAUCCAAUGACCGAUGGCUACAAUCGCGCAGCCCGAUAUACAGUGAUCAAUAUCACAAUGGCAGGUUUGAGACGGGGAGCAACCCGUACCUCCCACAGAGCGUGACUUACACACAUGGAAACUCUUCUUCAUACCACCUCCCAGCCAACCUUUCGCUCGGGAAUGUCAGCCAGGUAGGGCGAGCCGCGGCUGAGUCGCCCUUUGCGCCAGCGACAGCCUUCAAUCCGCGUAUGACCCAACCGCCAAGCCAGUACUCGAGCCCGGCGCCACCAUCUCAGGUCUCAUACAAGGGCAUGAAUGGUAUGAACGGCAUGAGCGGCAUGAACGGCAUGAACGGUAUGAACUCCCAGCCUUGGGAUCACCAGAGGCAGUAUCAGGGCGCCCCUCCUCAGCAUCAGCCCCCACCACAGGGACCAUAUCAAGGGAGGUACUCGCCCUCGGGCUCCAUGGAUGAUCUCAUGACGUCUCCCAACAUGUCCGACUACUCCCUGGAGAACUCGGCCAUCGGAAUGUCCCAGCCAGGGAACAAGAACAAGUUGAACGGAAAGCCACGAUCGCAGCGACGUCCGUCGAACCGGGAUGAGUUUGAUGGGCCGCACCAGUUUCUGAAGAGACCUCCGCCAGAGUACAUUGCGAUGUCCGAACGAGACCUCCCAACUCUCCCGACCCAUCUCCUUGUCCAAGAGCAGGAUAGUGUCCUGACUCAGGUCAACGACCGGCUCUCGCAGUGCGCUUAUGACUUUGUUGCCAAGUACCAGUUUCCGAUCCCACUUACACAGGACAUGCGACCCGUCGAGCGCCCGCAGGAUCGUGAAUGGACUGAGUGGGUGUACCUGCUGAAAAGGCUGGCAACGAAAAGGCGGAUCCCCGCCCGGGUGCUGUACAACGGCCAGAUCAAGCAGUUUGUGACGAUUUUGGAGAACUCGUUGGAGAUGCGACAUGCGGCAAAGCACCAGUCUCGACCGCUGAAAGACGACCGGAAUAUUUUGCAGCUCAUCUCGGCGGGCAUCCAGGUGGCCAAGAUCCUCAAGGAUGCCCAGGCCAUGGACUAUUUGGACAGGCUGUAUGUAUCAACGGAACAGCAGAUUCAAGAGCGAGCUGCUGCCGCGGCCGCGGGGAGGUUCCGUUGAGGCAUAUGGCCCUUUAUUUUUGGAUUUAGUUCCGCCAGGAACUACUUCAUUCCUUUUUUUCUCUUCCAUUUUUUCCUGGGAUUUGGAGAAAGGAUUUUUUUACCAAAAGAAUUGCCAAAGGAAACCAUGGACCUGGAUCUUUGACCACCAAAAAGAAAACGACACAAAAAAAAAAGCCGAAAAACAACGACAAAAAUAUUUUUGGAUACUUGCUCCCUGCCCAGGAGGGCUUUUUGGAUGACAGACAGACAGGCGAAAAGAAAUUGCGGGCUGCUCACCCUGAAGGGGUCUGCCUGCUGGAAACUGAAAACUGAAUUCGACUGGACUGUAUCGGGACUGGACUGGACACAAACAAGACACACAGAAAGGGAAGAGGCUCGGGCGGGCGGCGACGGCGGCGGAGGGAAUAUAUAUACCUAGGAUCUUUAUUUCAUGUUAUUCGAGGGAACUUGUUUUUCAUUUUCAUCGCAAUCUUUAUGGGACGUUGCUCAACUUAUUUCUGGUAUUCCAUGGACUCUUUUUUUCUUCUUCCUUUUCCUUUUGUGUGUGUGGUGAAUUGGCGAUGCUGUUGUUGAUGAAGAACAUGAUGAAGAUGUAGAGAUUAUGGCGGGGGUAUGUUGUUUGAUAUUUGACGAAAAACAGAGAAGUGGUGUGGGUGGAUUUUUUUGCGUUUUUUAUACCGUUGGAUGAGUGGAUGAUGGUUGUAUGGUUGCUUUUUAUUUAUUUAUGGUUUGGGUUGGGGUGGCUAUCUGAUUGAAAUGUCUUUUUCUUCUACUUCUUUUUUUCUAAGGUUGUUAUUGUAUUGUUGUUGUUGUUGUUUUUUGUCUACUAGGGCUAUUGAUACUUGGGGUUGUUGUUUUUGUUGUUGUAUGUAUGUGAGGACGAGGGAUGUUAAGGGGCUGGCAUGAUGUAUGAUGUUUUUCGGGGCGGGAGUCUAUCUGGCUUUUGAGAGCAUUGUUUUGUCUGUUUUUGUUGUAUUGUGUGUGCGUUGGCGAGGAGUCUUUUGUAAGGGGGUGUGCUGGUGGGGUGGGUUGGACAGAGGUUGGGAUGGCUAUCUGCCUUUUUUCUUCUGCGCUGCGCAUCUUGAAGACUGGAGGGAGGUUAUUCUGAUUUGCUGCUUCAUUUUUACUUUCUAACUGCUGAGAGAGGCUAUCUGACUUUUUGCUCUUGCUUUGACACUCGAAGACAGAAAGAGAGGUUAUCUGCUUUUUUGUUUUGUUUUGCUAUUCAUGUUGAAGACAAGGGAGUGGCUAUCUGUUUUUUUUGCUUUGGAGAAAGGAGGGAGGGUAUCUGCUUUUUUUUGCGCGUACAUCAUCACCAUUGAGAGAUGGGAGGUUACAGUCGUUUCUGCGUUUGCAUGCCAUAUAUAUAUUAUAUAUCUACUUGUUGUAUGGAGGCUUUGAUGAAAGAAAGCGUUUUAUGGAGCCGCGUUGCUAACUUACGCUUUGUUUCAAAAUCUGAUACGUUUUUGUCUUG